GGGGAGAGAUAAUUUCUUUAACUAAAUACGUAAGCAAAACGAAAAAUUUAAUUUCCUGAAUUUGAAUUUGCGCGUGUUGGCAGAAUAAUAAACAUAGUACAGAAAAAAAUACACAAUUGUUGUGUAGCAGGCAGCUUUGAAUUAGGCGAGUUUUUAUUAUUUCUUGAUGUGUACACACUGCUAACGCAACAGCUGUUUACGGAAUCUUUCGUGCUCUAAGAAUUUUCCAAAAUUAUAAUUUAAGUGCGUGAUUUGUUAUAAAAAUAAACAAUAAAAAUGGCACAAGAUAUGCUGCUCGAUGCCGAGGAAUCCAGCAACAAGGAGACGUUCCUGCAACAGUUUUGCACACUGGCCAAGGUUGCGAGUGGCGCUGCUUUGUUAGAUGUGAUUUGCCAAUGUUUAUCUUCGCCGAAUGUUUUUGUUUUCGGCGAGCUUUUGGUUGAACCUAAUGUGGCAGAGCUAAAGGACGGCCCAGACGCCAAGUACUACAACACUUUAAAUCUAUUUGCCUAUGGCACCUACAAGCAAUAUCGCGCAGAGCGGGAUAAGUACAUAGAACUGACGCCGGCGAUGCAGAAGAAAUUGCAACAUCUGACCAUAGUUUCGCUUGCCAUCAAAACUAAGAGCAUUCCCUAUUCCGUACUUCUGGAGGAGUUGGAAAUUAAUAAUGUGCGUCAUCUCGAGGACAUUAUCAUCGAGGCCAUCUAUGCGGACAUUAUACACGCCAAAUUGUUUCAGAACACUCGCAUUCUGGAGGUGGAUUACGCACAGGGUCGGGACAUUCCGCCGGGAUACACAAGCAAAAUAGCAGAGACUCUGCAGGCCUGGGUGAAUUCCUGUGAUGGAGUCUCCAACUGCAUAGACAUGCAGAUAAAGUACGCCAAUGCAGAGAAGGCCAAGCGCCUGUUCAACAAGGAGCGCAUCGAGCAUGAGCUAAUCAACUUGAAAAAAGUUCUGAAAAGUCAGGCCUCCGACAGCGAUGAGUCCAUGCAGAUCGACACCCAUGGCGCCGGGCCGAGCGGCAGCAACAUGAGUCAGCCGGAGUUGCGCAAGAAGCCGUCAAAGAUGAAGAAUCCGCGCGCAGGACCCGUUGGCCUGAAGUUCAGCAAGUGAGUGCCGGCCAGCCGAGCGGACAGGGGCCACAGGACUAGGGCCAAUGCAGCUCAAAGCCCCAGCUCGGCAUAGUCACGAGCACUGUAACUUAUUAAAGACUUUAAACACACCCAUUUGCCCACACAGAUCGAAAACGGGCUCAUCAUUAGGCAUUCUGAAUAAAUAUUUAUAUGCACUAACUAAAAAUAAAAUCUAUGAAAUGUGA